GCGUCCAGUGUACACUAUGCACGGCGCACGCAAAAAAAAAAUAUUUUGCCUUUUUCUCUCUCAGUUUAUCUUGACGCGCGAUGAAUCCCAAGCUGAUCGACGGCAAGGCAACUGCCGCGGACAUCACCUCUGAAAUCAAAAAACGGGUCUCCGAACUCGUUCAAGCGGGUCACCCCCCUCCAGGGAUCACCGUCCUCCUAAUCGGCGACCGAACCGAUUCCGCUACCUACGUGUCGAUGAAGCAAAGGGCUUGCCAAGACAUCGGCUUCGUUUCCAACAUCAUAAAGUACCCCAAAGACGUCGACGAAGACCAAAUCGUGAAAAAACUAAACGAACUCAAUUCAGACCCCCUAGUGCACGGAAUACUCGUUCAGCUACCCCUGCCACCCCACCUAGAUGAAAAAAGGAUAACAGGCCUUAUUUCUAUCGAAAAAGACGUCGACGGAUUUCACGUCAUAAACAUGGGCAAACUCGCUAUGAAGGGCCACGAACCCAACACCGUUCCUUGUACGCCAAAGGGCUGCCUCGAGCUGCUUAAAAGAUACUCCAUCCCUAUCUCCGGAAAGAACGCAGUCGUUCUAGGAAGAAGCAACAUUGUCGGCAUCCCUAUGGCCCUCCUCUUACUCAACGAAAAUGCCACGGUCACCAUCUGCCAUUCCAAGACCGAAAAUAUACCGGAAAUUUGCCGAACCGCAGACAUACUUGUCGCGGCCAUUGGAAGGGCACAAUACGUCAAGCGGGACUGGAUCAAACCCGGCGCCACCAUCAUAGACGUGGGCAUGAACUCAAUACCCGACGCCACAAAGAAAUCAGGUUACCGUCUUGUGGGCGAUGUCGACCCUGAUGCAUAUGAUGUUGCUGGGAUGUACACCCCGGUUCCAGGGGGCGUGGGUCCAAUGACAGUUGCCAUGCUCAUGCAAAAUACGCUAAAUUCAGCCCUGAAAUGGUAUGCGACUACAGCCCAUGAAUAACUUCUUUAUAAAUUUGCUCGAAAAGCGUCUUGUUGAUCACCGCUCAGAAAGAGUUAUAUUUGAGUACAUCACUUUUCGAUUCAGAGCGAGGCGUUUUAAAACCUCACGGAAAUGACGCGAUGACCGUCAUAGGGCCUCUUGAAUUGACCAGCUUGUCGGGACCUUUUGUGUAUUCUCUCACACAACGCAUGUAUCCUUCAAUUCCAGGCAAGACCUAUCCAGAAGCAACUUUUUUAAACGCCCUUCCAAGUUUGAAAAACGCACUCCUCAAACAUUAUGUUCACUUUUGAAGCGUCCAUCGGGCUGCGCGUCGUCUCUGGCUGAUGGCGUUGUCAGGUUGCUUCGAAA